AUGUGUAACUCAAUAAUGGAUAUGCCUACUGGCGAACCACGUCAUUAUUUAAUAGAUGGGACUUUUGGUGUAGUAUCGAUAAGUAGUUCCAAUAGCUUUAAACAGCUGCUAAUAUUUCAUAUUGCUCAUAAUGAGCAUACAUUUCCUUUUAUCUACAUUUUAAUGUCAAACAAAUCUUUGAAUGCAUAUAUCCAUGUAUUACAAUACAUCCAAAGUAAUAUUUUUGACAUGAAGCCCACAACAUUCACCACGGAUUUUGAGUAUGGCUUAAGAGAAGCAUUAUCACAGAUUUAUCCACAAACAAAAUUAAAGACAUGUUGGUUUCAUUUUACACAAGCUGUUCGAAGGAAUGCUUCAAAACUUCCUAAGUUCAUGUCGAAAUUAAAUAAAGAUAAUGAUGUGAAAAAACUGUUUCGCAAAUUUCUAAUAUUGCCGCUGUAAAAAGUAUAUUAAUUGGGUAUCUAAAUCUGAAAAAUUAGGCUAUGAGUUAUAAUUUAAAUAGCAUUUUUGAACAGUUCAUAGCAUAUUUCGAGAGUCAGUGGAUGA